UGCAUUUCACAUCACUCGCUCCAAGUCGUCACAGUGGUCAGUUUGUUCAUUCAUCCAGUUAGAAAUUAGUGCUACCUUUGUUGUACUCUGGUGAAUCAUUUUUUUUUGUCGUACUGCAUGUGUGCAAGGAAGAGCAUUUCGGCAGAAAACAUCAUCCCGUUAGCUCCUUUGUGAUAACAGCGAAAAAUUCCCUAUCGAUUCAACGUUGCAAUGUCCGACCCAAGACUGCGCCAACUUACCAUCAAAACAGGUGUAGUGAAGCGCUUGUCCAAGGAAAAGACCGUCUACGAGAAGGAAGUUGUCACCCAGCGGAACCGGAUCGAAAAGCUGAAAACCGAGGGCGCCGACGAUCAUGUCCUUCGCAAGCAGGAGGAAGUGCUGCAGGAGUCGAUGAUGAUGGUCCCGGACUGCCAACGGAGAUUGGCAAAGGCGUUCGAAGAGUUGAGUGAAAUGAUCAAAAACGAAGAAGAGUUAAAGGAAAGCGACCAAUAUACAGCUGCAGUAGCCAUUCUCGAAGACGCAAAAGUAAAUUUGCCUCAUUAGUUGCGCCUUAGCAGACAUCAGUUUUACUUCCACAGAUUUUACUGCUAUACAUAACCAUUAACUUUAGCUGAGUUCCUUAAUUUUAAGCUAGCUUUAGCACGCAGCGAAAAUGUCCACUCUACCGUUUUUCGAUCCCACUAGACCGCCUCCACCUUUAGCGAUUCCGCCACCCCUCAUUGAUCAGCCUAGCGAUCAACACAUUGUACAAGAGUUCCUCAGCACAAGACACAAAUCGUUGAACAAGCAGACGAUUAAGGAAUCCUCCGCUGCGGUAUCAAUUACUGAUCUACGAUCCGAGUUACAUGAGCUGAUAGAAGAAGUCGAACAUUUAAAGACUAAUAAGGAAGUGCUGGAAAAGGAAAUCGCAUCCAAACCGGAAUCCGAAUGGGAUACUAAUUUGGAGCAACUAGAGCUGGUUCGGCAAAGUAUUGACAGUAAACUGAUGCGCUUGAACGAUUCUGAUCAGCUUAAGCUGCUGGGAAAGAAGUUGCACGUGCGCAGGAAAAAACGUGCUUGGCUUAAACGGAGAAAUAAUACAUUGAAGCAGGAGAGAGAAGAAGCGAUUCAAAAUCGCGUAAAGCUACACGCACAGAUAGAUCAAUGGCAGAGGGAGCAGUUGAAGCUGGUGGAAAAAGAAAAGCAGUCUCAACAAGAGUUGGAUUAUGCUAGUCACUUUCUAGCGGAUGUGCAUCGCCGGAAAGCGGCAUGCAAACGGCACUUGGCUAAAUUCGAGAGAAUGAUGGAGAGAACCACUUUGGACAAGGAUAUGCAAAGCGAAAUAGACGAACUGCGCCGGGCAUGGACCACUAAACUGACCGAUUGCGUUAAAGAAGAAAAACGUUUGAAGGAUGUGCUGGCCCGAAAAUCGGCGGCUAACUACCAACGACGAGUGGAGAACGAAUGGAACAAAACCUUAUUCGGAGAUGCGAUACCGAAAAAGUUCGAACAUCCAUUGCUCGGAGCAGACCGCAAUCGGGAGGUGCUGAUUGAAAUCCGUCGUGAUUGGGAUGCCUGUCUGGUCGAUCAGGACGAUGCCGAAGGCAGUGCUAUUCCAUUGGGGUGGGUGCUGCCACAGGCGAAUCCUUCGUCAAAUUGGGCUAAGUAUCAGAUAACAGAAACAGCUUGAACUAUAAGAUAAUGUUGCACUUACAUUAGUUUAAUAAAUUAAAAGGAUACAUA